CACCAGCAGAGCUGCACCACCACUCCCUCAGACUACAGCUCCACAGGAGUGAGUUUGCCACCAUGGAGAUGAAAAGUAUCCUAAAAACUAACAAAAGGGUGCAAGGCAGCACCACCCAGAGCAGCUCCAUCGGGGCCGUUCGCUGGACCCUGCCUGAGGAGAGCUUCCAGGCUCACAGCUCGGCCCCCAGCAGACAGGCCAACAACCUCACCAAACACUCACAGCAACAUCCUCGUCAGAGCGGCCUGAAGGAUCUACGCAGCCUGCAGGAGUGUGUGCAGUUCAUCAAUCACUGGAAGGACCAAGUGGACCAAGUCUGCAAGGGUAGUAGUGAUCCAGAGGAGGGCACCAGUACAAGAACAGCCCAGAGUUCAGACCGGCGUACUGAGCGCAGUCUUGAGGAGAGCAGGAAACUGAUUCUGGAGUGGGCUGACGAACUCCACCACGUCGACAAGCUCCUGAAGGAGACCCCCUUGGCAUCUGAGAUUCAAGAACAUGAAAACAAAGAAGACAAAGAUGCCAAUGAGGAGGCACAAAUGAGGAUCAUGGAGUGGGCAAAGGAGCUGCAGAAGGCGACUGAGAGUUGUGGUGUGCAAAGCGAUGAGCUGGGCAGAGUGUUGCGUCUUCUCGGCCUUAAGAAGAAACGACUGUUCAAACUUCUGCCUCUGCUGGAGUUCAUCACCUGGUCUCUGCUCAAAGAAGACAGCAUAACGAUGAUUCCACAGUUGUGGCUACUGGCAAAGCAAAGGACCUGGAAAGCAGGAAUUCCCAGAUACAUCCCCAACUCAGUUUGGAGUUGGAUUUGCAGCGCAGAAGCUGAUGUGAUUCUCGACCCAAUGACGAACCACCCCUGGCUUCAGCUGUCAGACGACCAGCGUAGGGUCCAGGAGGGCAUGUCAGAGUCCGACCUGCCUUACAGCCCCCAGCGAUUCGACAACUGGCUCUGUGUGCUAGGCUGGCAGGGCUACGACAGGGGCCGCCACUACUGGGAGGUAGACAUAGCCAACAGCGGCUCCUGGCGUGUGGGACUGACCACUGCCGAUUCCAAGCGCCAAGGCCGCUUCCCCAUGACCCCAAAGCGGGGCUACUGGGCCCUGUGGCGCAGCACACACCAGUUCUACGCCUGCACCAAGCUGGAGACGCCACUGCCUGUCGAUCUAGUGCCACGGCGUAUAGGCAUCUACUUAGACUACGAAGAGGGCCAGAUCUCCUUCUACAACGCAGAAACAAAGUCCCAUAUCUACACCUUCACUGGAACCUUCAGAGGAAAGCUGUACCCGUUGUUCGCCCCGCUGGAUGGUCGCACACUCAUGACAAUCGUCCCACCACGAAAGUCUCAGAAGACUGAGGAAGAUUAACCUUAACAACUCUUGUUGGACACUUGGAAGAACUCACUUUGACUUUUAAAAAAAUGCCUCAACCUAAAAGUACCAAAACCAAAAUCUGCACAAAGAUUAAGUUUUCAAAAAAAUGUGGUAUAAUCAGUGAAAAGCACAAAUUCUGGCUUUCAGAACCAGGAAGUAUUUAAUAUUUCACAUGAACUUGCCUUCCCUAAAUGUUACUUUAAAUAUAUCUGUCAGUUUCUCAUCUUAAAACUGAAUUUAAAAUCUCUGAAGCGUCAAUUAAAAACUGAAAAACAGCAGCAGACACAAGACUGAACUACAUAAAAGUGCUGAUCACAUUGUUAUAGAACAAGUUAAUAGAUGUAACUGAUCAUAGCAC